CACGAGAGCGUCUCAGGGCAAUGGCUUUAGAAUCGGCGACCUCUAACGGUACAACUGAUGAAAACCAUCCAGAAAAAGGCGACGAGUGGAAAAAAGGAUGGUUACUUAAGAAAACUCACUACACCAAGCGCUGGAAAAUGAUGUGGUUUCACAUCAAAGAGGGACAGCUUGUCUAUGGAUUUAAUGAAAAGUCAGCAGAAAAGGCCAUUAAUCUGGUUGGAGCCAAGGUGGAGCUGCUGGAGGGUGCUGGGGCUCUUGUCUGGAGCGUCACCCCGAGGGACAGUGAGCGCAGCUUCCUGCUGCAGGCGCGCACCGCGGAGGAGCGUCAGGCCUGGAUGAGCGCCAUCUGUGAGGCUCAGCCAAGGGGCAAGGAACUCGACCGGAAGUUGAAGUCGGGUGGGGGCUGCCAUCUUUUAGCAGAACUUCACUUGCGUUAGCAUUCCCAUUGACUCCCAUUCAUUUUGGCGUCACUUUGACAGCGAAUAACUUUACAUCUGAGGCGUUUAAAGACUCUGUUUGUCCAUUAUUUAUUUCUAAAGAUACACGACAAUAUAUAAAGGGCUCCAUUACCUUCUAUGUUACAUUAUGGCCCCGUAUAAACAGUUUUUGUAAAAAAUAGGCUAACGAUUGCGUCAUAACCACUCGGCUCUCUGUCGCAUUACCGUACAGACAGGAGGAGAAGCUCGCAGGUAAUUAACUUAAUAUGGCGUACUGGCGUUACAUUUUAAAAUACUAUACAAAAUAAUUAAUCAGAAUACUUACUCCUGCUCUCUCACGCCAAAGAACUCCCGGCUCAAGCUCGCCGUCUCUGCAAGAUUAACGAUGGCAGUUUGCACGCACAGCUAUUAGAAGAUUUACAUCUGUCAGACAGGUUGCUGACGUCGUCAAGCUUCGUUUGAGUCUGCGCGUCAGAAACGGAAGUGCUAAAAAACGCUAAAACUGGGCUUCAUUUGUCUCAAUUGAGUUCCAAUGGGGUCGCUGUGUCCAUUUCUUUUACUGUCUAUGGGCUCAGCUCAGCUCCCUGCAGCACAGAUCCAACGCGUGCGUGCUGCAGUAACUACACCUGCUGCACCUUCACCGACAGACGGAGUUUAGAGUUUUAUACACAUAUUGUCUUUACUUUACAUGAUUUUAAAACAUGAUUUAUGUAAGACAUUUUUGAUAAAGUCGUUUUCCUACAAAAAGUUCAAAUUUGAUGUGUAUAUGUUUUAAUAAAGCACAUUGAUAGUU